CCCGCCCCGCGUUCCGGCCCCGGCCCCUCCCUGCCGCCGUCCUCCCUCCCUCCCUCCCGUGCGCCGCCGCCGCCGCCGCCAUGCCCGGCUCCGCGCCCCGCCACAUCUCGGUCUUCCCGUCCCCGCAGGAGCUGGGCUCCUCCCUGGCGCAGCUGGUGGCGCAGCGCGCGGCCGAGGCCGGCGGCCGCUUCUCGCUGGGGCUGUCGGGCGGGAGCCUGGUGCGGAUCCUGGCGCAGGAGCUGCCCUCCGCCGCCCCGCCCGCCGGCCCCGCCGCCCCGGCGCGCUGGGUCCUGGCCUUCUGCGACGAGCGCCUCGUGCCGCCCGAGCACCCGGACAGCACCUUCGGGGCCUAUAAGACUCAUCUCCUCUCUAAGAUUUCCAUCCCAGAAAACCAAGUGAUUACCAUUAACUCUUCGUUACCUGUUGAUGAGGCUGCUUCAGAUUAUGCUGCAAAGUUAAAAGAGGCCUUUCAAGGUGAGAAUAUGCCUGUCUUUGAUUUGCUGAUUUUGGGAGUAGGGCCAGAUGGUCAUACCUGCUCUCUGUUCCCAGACCAUCCACUUCUCCAGGAGAAAGACAAGAUAGUUGCCCCUAUUAGUGAUUCUCCAAAGCCACCGCCAGAGCGGAUAACGCUAACUCUGCCUGUUCUGAAUGCUGCGCGGACUGUGGUUUUUGUUGCUACAGGGGACGGUAAAGCUGCCAUCUUAAAGCGAAUUUUGGAAGGUGAUGAGGCGAACCCUCUCCCUGCUGCUCUUGUCCAGCCUCAUACUGGGAAGCUGCACUGGUUUCUGGAUGAGUCUGCAGCCAAGGAGCUGACUGUUCCCUUCGAGAAGCACUCUAUCUUGUAGAACCAAAUGUUCAGCUGGGUUUCAGGAUCGGGAUCCAGUAGCACUGACUGCAAGACCUGCAAAGAGCUGGCUCUGUAACAUUCCAAGUCAAGGACUCCACAUCUGGUCGUAGUACUUGGGAGUGGCACUAAACUAAUGUUGUCUUUUUUGUUUCUCUUUUUAAGCAAGUGGUACUUUGUGGAGCACUGUAUAAUCUCUUUGGUUGGGGAGGGAAGAUAUAGGGUGCUUGUGUUUGAUCUCUAGCUGCAACUGGAAACGCUUGGGAUCGCGGAGGAGGAUAGUGUGGUGCAGUCUGUCUUGUGAACGGUUCAUGUGGUGUAAAGUGAAUACACAAUAUUAAAGAUGUAAAUUUCA